AUGGCCCGUAAACGCAAGAAUACCAACGGAGAAUCUGGUGGACGAGGAGGAGGUAGCGGAUCGCAAUCAUCAUCGACCGAUACAAAGUCCAAGAACUCGAACAAUAGACCGCUCACAGGAAAGAAGCUCUCUCACGCCCUCAGUUGGGCGCUUCGUCAUCAAGCCCUGGCCAUUGGUCUGACCAUUCUACCCGAUGGGUAUGUUCCGGUAGACGAAAUCUUGUCGUCCACCCACCCCAAACUGAAGGGCGCUACUCUGGAAGAAAUCCAAAAAAUGGUGGAAACCAAUGACAAGCAAAGAUUUCGACUGGAUCAGAAACUUCGCAGUGACUUCUAUGGAAUCUCAGAUGUCAAUGCCGAUGAAACUAUUAUAUGUAUUCGAGCCAAUCAAGGACACAGCAUCAAGACCAUCAAUCCUGAGCUGCUAUUCAGAAGGUUGUCGCCAGAGGAGCUGAGAACUUUACCUUGCAUAGUCCACGGAACUUAUGUAGAACCAUGGAAAUCCAUUCAAAAAACUGGUUUGAAGAAGAUGAAUCGGACUCAUAUGCACUUUGCUUCGGGACUCCCAGACGCUGAUGGUGUGAUUUCAGGAAUGCGCAAGACCUCUACGAUUUUUAUUUUUGUAGACCCUGUGAAAUGUGCUGAAGGUAGUAUCGAAUUCUUUAUCAGUGCCAAUGGGGUUAUACUGUCUUCUGGUAUUGAAGGAACAUUGCCUCCGACCUAUUUUUCGCAUGUUACUGGGACCAGUGGGGAUAUUCUAAUGGAUAAUCGAUCAUGA